UUCUCCGGUUACGAUAGCCGUAGCAGUCUGCACCGGUCUCCAGUGUCGACACGAAAGCACGAGGUCGCGACGUCAACAUCGAACGACAAAAUGCGACCACUUAAGACAUUAGUUUUUCUUGCUGUUUUGUGCUACGCUCGUGCUGCCUCAUCCACAGGUGCCACAUCAAAUGUUGUUGUCGAAGAGCCGGAAUUCACCGAAGUUAUCGAGAAUAUAACAGUUGCGGCGGGAAGAAAUGUUAAGUUUGCCUGCUCUGUGAAAAAUUUAGGCACCUACAAGGUGGCCUGGAUGCAUUUCGAACAAUCUGCCAUCCUGACGGUCCACAACCACGUCAUUACGAGAAAUCCGAGAAUCAGUGUGACACACGAUAAGCACAGGACGUGGUUUUUGCACAUAAGCAACGUCCAGGAGGAGGACAAGGGACGUUACAUGUGUCAAAUCAAUACAGUCACCGCGAAAACUCAAUUUGGAUACCUGCAUGUCGUUGUGCCCCCCAAUAUAGACGAUUCUCUCAGCAGUAGCGAUGUAAUUGUUCGGGAGGGCGCCAAUGAAACUUUGACCUGCAAAGCAACGGGAUUCCCGCAGCCGAGUGUCAAAUGGAAAAGAGAUGACAACUCGAAAAUUACGAUUAAUAAGACACUCACAGUGGUUGAAUGGGAGGGUGAAACUUUGGAUUUAACGAGGAUUUCCAGACUGGAUAUGGGGGCUUAUUUGUGCAUAGCAAGCAACGGAGUUCCGCCAACAGUCAGCAAAAGAAUCAAAGUCAGCGUUGAUUUUCCUCCAAUGCUGUGGAUACCGCAUCAGCUGGUCGGCGCCCCGUUGGCCUACUCCGUCACAUUGGAAUGUUUUACGGAGGCGCAUCCGAGCUCUUUGAACUACUGGACGCGCGAGGAUGGGCAAAUGAUCCAUGAAAGCAGAAAAUACCACGCCGAGAACAUUAUCGGCUCUCCGGCGUACAAGACGCACAUGAGGUUGACCAUCAACAACAUUCACCAGAACGAUUACGGCACUUACAAGUGCGUCGCCAAGAAUCCGAGGGGGGAAACAGACGGGACCAUAAGGCUUUACACUUCUUCGCCGCCGACCACUUCGCCUAAACCGACAACGACUGAGACGCCCAGCAGGAUCAAGGACAUUUGGCCGAACGGCGACCUCAACAAUUCAGUCUACGGCCACCCUUCCUCGCUUACCACUCAUAGAGCCGAAAAAGGUUCAAAGUACCAAUCGAAUUUAAACGAAAUCGACAAGUCUGAACAAAAAUCUAACACAGACAGUGACAGCAAGGGUACCAUUUAUGGCGGGACCUCGCCUAGCUCAGGAAAUUCUGUCGAUUAUUCAUUGUGUCUACUGUCGCUUAUAAUAUACAGGGCAUUGCGGUGAACUAAAACACUGUUAAAAAACAUUAUUAAAUACUAGUAGAAAUAUAUAUAUAAAUAUAUAUAAAGGUACGUUCAGGUAAUACUUGACAAGGACGCUUAAAAAAAUUAUAAAAAGCAUAAGUGUAACUGUUUAUAUAUGUAAUCUAAUUUAAUAAUAAAGACUGAAAUUGCUAGGAGAAAAUAGUAGGUAUUUGUGCCAUAACUUUAUUUCUUACCUGCGACAAGAAAUUAAUGCACAUUUUAGUGCUGCUUUAGAAAUUUAAAAGUUAUACCUUUAGAAAAAUGAUGUAUUGGUCCUUUUAAUAUUACGUGUGAUACCUUUUAAAGCAAACUCAAAACAUAUUAAAGAGUGCCUUAAUUUCUUCAAGCAGUGUUUUUAUUGCCAAAUUUUUAGACAAUCCAUUUUGUUUCAUUUUAGGUAUUUUAGCAAACAUUUGCUUUUUAGUGAAAUAUUUCUGUUAUGUUGUAUAUGACCUAAUGAAGUAUUAAAUACAGGGUGUUUCGUAAUCGUGCCAGAAUAAACUCCUGUAUGAACUACUUUUUGUCUAUGUUAUAUUAUUAAUGGAAUGAUUUAUUUUUGAAGUGUACAUAAUCUUGAUCAUUCCAAAUAAAAGAGUACUACAGCUCAAUGCAAUGAAAUGUAUUCCUGGUGGUGUUAUUUCUUAAUGGAUUAUUUGAGGCUGUUAAAUUAUUUCCAAAGAAUUUGCAAAAAC